UUUUGAAGGAGAUUGCGAACCUUGUUCUUUAACGUAAACGCAAACCAAAUGCCCACAAGUGUUUGAGAUGAAUCCAAUAGCAAAAUCAACUAACAGGGAAAAGAGAAAAGGCCCUUUUAACCACAAAUGGAACCAUGCAAGAAGAUGGACAAAAGUACAAAAUUACAAAUAGAAAAACGCAGAUAAGCUUCUUUAGUGCUUACCUCUCCCCUAAUUUAUCUCCUCCUGUAAAAAGCUUACCUUUUUCCUAGUCUUUGUCCAUUCCUUUCAAAUUUCUUGAAAAGUCGGAAAAAAGCAAAAUAAAAACUUGGAACCCCACAAAGCACCAGCCAGUUCUCCAAGCAAAGUCACCCUUUUUCCCUUCUUUCCUUUUUCAAAUUAAACAACUACAUGUGAACACUUUUGCUACCCUUUUCAUUCUUCUACACUCUAGAAACAAUUGUUCUUUUCUUCCUCUCUCCUAUUGUAAUUCUGAAUGUCUUGAUCAAGUACCAGAUGUGUUCUUCACUCUUGCAUUAUUGAUGCUUCUGAGGAUUGCAUUCCUCAUGGAACUUCUUUUUGGCAAAUGGGGAUUUGGAUUUGUUCUGUGUUGGUGGCUCACCUUCUCUGGAGCGUACUCAGUGGAAGGAAUACAUGGGGACUCCAAAGUGAGAGGAGUGAACUUGGGAGGGUGGCUGGUUGUUGAAGGUUGGAUUAAGCCUUCGUUGUUUGAAGGCAUUCUCAAUGGAGACAUGCUUGAUGGAACAGAGGUGCAAUUGAAGUCGGUAACAUUGCAGAAAUAUGUUGCUGCAGAUAAUGGGGGAGGCAUGAAUGUUACAGUUGACAGAGAUGUUGCAUCUUCAUGGGAAACCUUCAGGUUAUGGAGAGUUUCAACAUCAGAGUUUCAUUUCCGCACCUUGCAAGGCCAAUUUUUGACGUGUGGUAGUGGAGGGUGCUCUGCAACUGCAGAAUCUCCUUCAACAUUAGAAACUUUUGUCAUUGAAAGGAAUAAUGGCAGAGUUCACAUCAAAGUUGGGAAUGGGGCCUAUUUGCAGGCUGCAAUAGAAAAUCAGCUUACAGCAGACUAUCCAGGGAACCCAGGAUGGGAUAAUAAUGCAGCCACAUUUGAAAUGACAAUUGUUGCUAACAAUUUGCAUGGAGAUUAUCAGCUUGCUAAUGGUUAUUUACACAAUGAAGCCAAACGGAUUCUUAAGAGACAUAGAAACAGUUUUAUCACCAUAGACGAUUUCAAUUUUCUGUACAGACAUGGAAUUAAUACCGUAAGGAUCCCAGUUGGCUGGUGGAUUGCUUAUGAUCCCAAUCCUCCUGCUCCAUUCAUUGGUGGAAGUUUGGAAUCUCUAGAUAAUGCAUUCUCAUGGGCACAAGCUUACAACAUAAAGUGCAUAAUUGACCUUCAUGCUGCUCCUGGCUCCCAAAAUGGGAUGGAACAUAGUGCAAGUAGAGAUGGUUCAACAGACUGGCCUAGUCAAGCUUACAUCUCGCAGACACUGCAUGUUAUAGAUUUUCUGGCCUCCAGGUUUGGCACACAUCCUGCGUUGCUGGGAAUUGAACUUUUAAAUGAACCAUCUGCAGCCACAGUUCCAUUGGAUACCUUAGUUUCAUAUUACAAGCAAGGCUAUGAAAUUGUUCGUAAAUACUCCCCAUCAGCAUAUGUAAUAAUUUGCCAAAGGAUUGGUAAUGCAGAUCCAUUGGAACUUUAUCAGGCCAAUAUAGGCUCACAUAAUAUAGUGGUGGAUUUGCAUUACUACAAUCUGUUUGAUACUUUCUUUGUUAAUAUGAGCGCCGAAGAUAAUAUACAAUUCAUAUACAAGAGCAGGGAAGCUCAACUACAGGCCCUGAACAAUGCAAAUGGUCCACUUGUUUUCAUUGGGGAAUGGGUGAAUGAGUGGAAUGUGACAAGUGGCUCGCAGACAGAUUAUCAAGAUUUUGGGAGGGCCCAAUUAGAGGUUUAUAAUGCAGCUUCUUUUGGAUGGGCUUAUUGGACACUGAAAAAUGACAGGCAGCACUGGGAUUUUGAAUGGAACAUUCGGAACAAUUUUCUCCAAUUGGGUAAUUGUCUAGGCUCAUUUGUUCUUUGUUUUACACCAGAUAAACAUACGUAAGUCAGCCAACAAACAAAGUUUUAACAGUUUGGUGUUGCUAGGAUUGGCUUAUGCCUUGGCUCAUCUGCAUCAGAUCUUGUGACAAAUCAGACCUGAAAUGAGUAACGAGUCUGGAAGAGGAUAUACCAAAUGCGGCUUUUCUUUGUACUUUGCUGCUCAGCUGUCACAUUCAUAUUCUUUUGAAAAUUUUCAAAAUCCAAUAAUAAUAUUUCCAAAAAGCAGAAAGUACCUAUUGAUAUUGUGAAAGAUCCUGUAACAACUUUGAGCUAGAUGUAUUAAACUCUUUCUCAAUAAUAUACAUCAAAUUUUUUUUU